AUGGCUGCCUCGGAUCACAAGAAAAUGGAAGAUUUUGAUCAUGUCGAGAUGGGUAAAGAGCAGACCCAUGAUGCAGCUCCAAGGGCCAGCGACCUUGAGCGAGUCAACACUGCCGAUUUGGAAAUGGGCUAUCGUCUCAGUAUCAAGACUUGUCUUGUUAUUAUUACGUUUUCCCUGACCUGGGGCGUCUGCACUCUCGCCAACCCAGUGUGGGGUGCUUUCUCGGACCGCUUUGGCAAGAAGUGGUUCAUAGUUAAUGGUGGUCUCAUUGGCAUCGUCGGCAAUUGUCUCGCUGCCACCGCCGAAGCCACCGAAACAAUUAUCGUUGGCCAGGUCUUGAAUGGCUUUGGAGCGUCACUUUUGUUGCUCGUUAUCCCUGCUUCGAUGGAGGUUGUGCCAGCAAAACGACGAGCCUAUGCCCAACUGAUCAUGGGUCUUGUUAAUGGUGCAUUUGCAAUCAUAGGCCUUGUCGUUGCUGGAGCAUUCGCGAAGAUGUCCCUCAGCGGUUGGCGCUGGGUCUACUACAUCGGCAUUCUUCUCCUCGUCUUGGGCGUCGUGGGUGUCGUCACGUUGCUGACCUGGGGUGGGAACGCAUACCCAUGGAAAAGCGCACGAGUGAUCGCAAUGCUGGCCGUUGGCGUCGUGCUCUUGAUCGUGUUUGGACUCUAUGAAACUUUCGUGCGCAACGAUGGACUGAUUGAUCAUCGCUUCAUGGAAACACGCAACUUCAUACCUAUCGUUGCUGUCGGAUUUGUCGAUGGUAUGUUGCUUUAUGGCGUCAACGCAUUCCUGCCCGUGGAGUUCUGCGCCAUCUUUACAUCCGAUCCAGUGCGGGUCAACGUUUAUCUGCUACCUUUGAACAUCCGUGUCAUUGUGGGCAUAUUCGCAUCUACUUGGUUGUUAGGCCGUACGAAGCAUUACAGACUUUGCCUCAUUGUCUCUGUGUUUGCCAUUGCGCUUUUCUGCGGCCUCACUGCUCUUGCCACUCCGUCAAGAGUGGCCAUGGCUCUGGUCUUUACCGGACUCGUCGGACUGGGUGUUGGUACAACUUCGGUCAUCCCUGUUGUGAUCAUUUCCUACGCAGUCCCCAAUUUCCUCAUUAGAACUACCGAGACAUUCCUCGCCUCUAUGCGCGCUCUGGGAGGCACAAUCGGUAUCACGAUUUUCUCAUCCAUUUACUCCAAUCAGAUGGGCAAGAACCUAGGUCCAGGCGUCGCCGCCGCCGCCAUCAAAGCCGGCUUACCUCAUUCUUCGGCUGAGGCCUUCGUCGGUGCUUUUCUUGGGGGCGACACCUCCGCGUUGCCCGAAGUGUCCGGCUCAACACCAGCUAUCAUUGGUGCAGCCGCAAACGCCGUCAAAACCAUCUCUGCACAGUCAUUCAAAUACGUUUGGAUCGCUCUCAUGGCCAUUACCGUCUGUGCAGGUAUCUGGUGCUUAUUCCUAAAGUCCGUUGCGGCGAUGAUGACUGUUCAUGUUGAAAGUGCAUUAAAACAAAGCGCCCUUCGCGAGCACCAGCUUCAGAUUCUGACCAAGGAUGAAAAGCAUGAAGAAGUAUAG